AUGGUCCAGCAGUGGGUCGCCCAACUCAGUGAGGAGCCGGGUAUUCAACCGCCUUGCUUGGUGCAGCCGCUUAUGCAGGUGAGGCCGAAUCCUCUCCCACGACCCUUCUCGGCUACUUACGGCUCGACCUUACUUAAAUCGACGCUCAUCGCUGAACCGACGCCCAGCGAUGAUCUGACGCCCAGCGAUGAACUGACGUCCAGCGAUGAACCGAUGCCCAUGGCUCGACCAUCUCGUAGAACUUCCGCUAUUAUAUCACGAAGCUGGCAAUACCCUCAUCCAUUGCACGAAGUAGGUGAUGGUAUACCCGGAACAAUUGUUGUUCGUGUGGGAAACAAUCGGCCGGACUUGGGAACGAAUCCAAUUUGCAAUCGUUUCACCGAUCCCCUCGAAGAAGGGCAACCUCUUUUUUUACCCUGUAAUCCGCCUAUGCCUGGAACUUUCGUUUCCGUACACUUGGAAGCAAAUACACCGGCACUAGUUCCAGUGCAACUUUCAUUGUGCGAGUCCUUCGUGUACACUGAUCAGGCUCUUCCCAUCGAGAGGUGUCCACAAUUUAGAGAUCAGCCACCAGGUUCGACAGCAACCUACAAUGGAAAAUGUUACAUAUUCUACAAUCGCCAACCGAUGAUAUUCCGAGAAGCAUUGGCAUUCUGUCGUGCACAAGGUGGUACUUUAGUGGAUGAAAGUAAUCCUGCGUUACAAGGGUUUAUUUCGUGGGAACUAUGGAGGAGGCACAGGAGUGAUACUUCGAGUCAAUAUUGGAUGGGUGCAGUAAGAGAUCAAAAGGAUCGUACGGUUUGGAGGUGGACAGGAAGCGGCGACGAAGUUUCUGUUUCUUUCUGGAGUCUACCUCAAGGCAGCGAAGAAGACUGCGCCCGAUAUGAUGGUAGUAGAGGAUGGCUUUGGUCUGAUACUCCUUGCACAGCUCGAUUAAAUUUCAUCUGUCAACACCAACCACGAGCGUGUGGUCGACCAGAACAGCCUCCGAAUUCCACGAUGACGGUGACCACAACAACAGAUCGGAAUUCCGGAAGUGCAUAUGAAGUUGGCGCGACGGUGUAUUACACUUGUAACGCCGGCAGCCUUCUUAUAGGACCGUCGACUCGUACAUGCCUCGAUACUGGCUUCUACAACGAGUUUCCACCGGUGUGCAAAAGCAUCGAGUGCGGUUAUCCAGCGAACAUAAAACACGGAGGUUACACACUUAUCAACAAUACCGUUAGUUAUCUCAGUCAGGUGCUUUAUUCCUGCGAUGAAGGAUACGAGAUGACUGGUCGUGCAAGACUGACAUGCGAUAUCGAUGAGCGCUGGAACGGACCGCCACCACGUUGCGAGCCAAUUCUGUGCGAUCCUCCUGCUCCUGUUCCACAUAGUUAUAUUCAAAUCGAUGAAGUCAACGAGACCGAGACAGUACCAUCGAAAACGAACUUCAGUCGAAGUCUUCUCGUAGGCAGUAUCGUUACAUACACUUGCGAGAAGGGUUAUAGACUUUCUGGCUUCCGACAAAUAUUAUGCUUGCCUACUGGCUUAUAUGAUCAUGUCGCACCCACUUGUACGGGUAUGUGAUUUAAUUAUUUUUAUGGAAUAAAUACAAAUUUAAUUAUUUCUUUAGAAAGAGAAGCAAGUCAUUUUUCGUGAUAGUGUUUGCAAUCUUCAAAUACGAGGAUAAUUUAAUUUCAUAAUUAAUUAUUGAAUCUUUAUUAAUGUAAAUGAUAUAAUAUGAGAAUAUUCAAAGGUUGUUUUUCAAUCCAAUUCAUGAGAUAUUUAUUUUAUACUUGGAACUUAAAUUCAUUUAUGCAUAUAACUGUUAUGCGCGUAGCAACUCAAAGAAUUAAUAAGUAAUUCAUAAUUGUUUUAAUAUAUACAUAUAUAAAUUUCAAAAUGAAUUCUGAUUUACAACAGUAUUGUUUUCAACCAAAUUCUACUUAACUAUUGUGUACCUUCUGUACCUGACUGUUAUAUGUGUGUGUCCGUGCGUGUGUGUGUAUAAAAAUAGUAUAAUACAUAUACUAUUAAUAUAAUAUAAAUGCUUAUAUAUUAAAAUAUUAUUUUAAACUAAAUCACAUAUAAUACGUAUGAAAUCUGUAUUAUAAUAUAUCUGCAAUAACUGUAGUUGCAAUAAUUGCAAUAAUUAAUUUCAGUAAUUUCAAUAACGAUAUAUGUAGAUUAUCAUUUACAUUUAAUUUUUUGUUGAAAUCGCAAACAAUAAUCUUUUGUCGUAUUGACCUCUUAAGGACUCUUGACCUCUUACUCUACAAAAUUCAAUCAAAAAUGUACUCAAUUUUUUCGUUAUCAAUUUAAAACUAUAUUAAUACGCUAAUAUAUCAUAAUUAGAAUUACAAAAAGGCUCUUUUCACUUAAACCAAUACAGGAGGUCUAAGAUAACUUGGGAUAAAAGAAAUUUUACAUAUGAUUGGAAACUGGGAAUUUAUAUAUUCCUAAGGGAUUAUGUGAAUACAUAAUAAUAAUAAUCAUUAAAUUUUCUUUAACAGAACCUAUGUGAAUGAUUAGAAUUACAAGAGAAUCAACGUCUCCAAAAUUCCUUUAUUACAAAAGAACCACGUACCACCGUGACUGUGUCUUCGAUGGCAACCUACUUAUUUAAAAGACUGGUUUUCUCGUCCUUACCAUUGACUGACUAUCAAUUACCGUAAAUAUUCAAAUAUACGUAGCGUAGAUGCAUGUUACAUUGUUCCCAUUUUGACUUUUAGAUUCUUGUGUCAUGAAACAUGUUAUAUUGGUAAUCAUCUGAUUCUCUUGUUAUCUGCAAUUUAAAAAUUGUAUUGCCUUCGACUUCUCUAACAGGCAUUAUUUCUUGGACAGACUAUGCAUAACUGUAGCUUCUAUAUACAUACAAUACAUUCGCUCUUUGACCCUACGUGUAUAUAUUGUAUCGCUUACUCUACAUUUGUUUAAACUUUCUUUAUUCUUUCAUCUGUCUUCUUGCCUAUUUUCUUCUUAUCUAAACUCGCGUUUCGUAGCUCCCUCGAAAUAUUGUAAUUUGUAAUUCAUUCCGGGUGUUGUAAUUAGUGUAACAAAGAGUUGUUACGUAAACAGUCUUUGCAGAAGAAAACGUGUAAGAAUCAAUAACCUCCGAGCCCUCUUAAUUUCGAUUAUAUUUUUGUUUUUAAUAUUGUCGACUGGUAAUAUUAUAAAUGUUGUUUCUAUGCAGCAUGCUGUAAAACAUUACAUUUUAAGUGAAAAAAUACAACGUUACUAGACCAAGAUAUCUUCUGGAAAAUUUCCAUCUAUAUCUAAAAUACGCUUUUACGAUGUGCAUUGUGAAUUAUUUUGGAUGCAGAUUAAAAGUUUACAACGAACUACGCUCCAGGUUUUGGUUGAUAAAAGAAAUAUUGUAGAAUCUUUGUUAUUCGAAAGAUUGGAAAUUUUUGAAUUCAUGGAAACGCAAUAUAUUUGUUCUCUUAGUUUCAUACAUUUUAGAAACAUAGGAAUCGCAAUUUCUUUUUGAAUGCAGUUUUAAUCCAAACGUUAGUUUUUAUAGACAUUGAAAUCAUUGAAAUUUCGAAUCUGCAUAACAUUAUAAUAUAGAACAUUAUAUUACCAUUGAAUUCGUGUAAAGUAAUCUGG